GUCGACGUUUUUUACGUCACUUUCCCAACAGCGCGAAAACUGUUCCUUCACUUCUCUGCUGUAACAUCACUACAACUCUAAACCUUUGUCUUUAAGCCAGCAACAAUGUCUAAAAUAGACAAGAUGAGCAUCCUUGGGGUGAGGAGCUUUGGGAUUGAGGACAAAGACAAACAAGUGAUCUCUUUCUUCUCUCCUCUGACUGUAUUGGUUGGGCCAAACGGAGCAGGAAAAACGACUAUUAUAGAGUGUCUAAAAUAUGCAACAUCAGGAGAACUUCCCCCUGGAGCUAAAGGAGCUGCCUUUGUCCAUGAUCCAAAGGAUGCCCAUGAGACAGAUGUGCGAGCACAGAUUCGUCUCUUAUUUACUGACGUGAACGGAGAGAAGGUGACGAUCCAGCGCUCCAUGUCUUGCACUCAAAAGGCUAAAAACUACACCUUUAAAAGUUUGGAGCAGGUCAUUACCAGAAUGAAGGGCAGUGAGAGGGUGAGCUUGUCAUCAAAGUGUGGUGAACUAGACCGGGAGAUGAUCUCCUCUCUGGGUGUAUCAAAGCCUGUCUUGAAUCACGUCAUCUUCUGUCACCAAGAAGAGUCGAACUGGCCACUUAGCGAGGGCAAAGCGCUCAAAGAAAAGUUUGACUCCAUCUUUGCUGCAACAAAGUAUAUCAAAGCUCUGGAGACGAUGCGCCAGCUGCGUCUCAAACAGAGUCAGACAGUCAAAGAGUGUCAGGUGGAGCUGCGCUACCUGAAGCAGAACAAGGAGAAAGCCCAGCAGAUCAGAGAGAUCAUAGCCACCAAGGAGGCUCAGCUGAUGUCCUCUAAAGACAGCAUCCAGCAGAUAGAGAACCAGAUCGAUCCACUGGAGAUUAGACUGACUGAUAUUGACAUGAAACUGGGGAAAGUGAUGAAACUGGACAACGACAUCAAGGCUUUAGACAGCAGAAAGAAACAGAUGGAGGAGGACAACAAGGAGCUUGAGGAAAAAAUGGAACAGGUGUUUCAAGGUUCAGAUGAGCAACUGCAGGACAUUUACCAGAACCAUCAGAGGACAGUAAGGGAGAAGGAGCGCAGGCUGACCGACUGCCAGAAGGAGCUGGAGAAGGCUGGCCGGGAGUGUCAGAGACUUAACAGAGUUAAAGCUGAUCUCCUGGUAGAACAAGGUCGUCUUCAACUUGAAGCUGACCGCCAAACUCAAAACAUCAAGAACCGUGACACUCAGGUUCGCUCUCUGUCAUCUUAUCUGGAGAUGGAGGGUUAUGACCGUCCUCCCUUCACUUCUCUUCAACUUGAAAGCUUCAAGCGUAACGUCACACAGAGGCUGGAGCAGGAAAAAGACACAGCCACUCAGGUUCUGGCGGACCUGCAGGAAAAAGAGCAGGGUAAGCAGAACUCCAUAGAUGAAAUGAGGGAUAAGAAGACUGGCCUGGAGAGGACUGUGGAGCUUAAGAGAGACCUGCAGGGAAAGAAACAACAAGAACUGAGGAAUGUGAGGGCAGAGCUACAGAGGCUGGAGGGAUCAUCCAGCCGACUGCAGGAGCUGGAGAACGAACUGGCCAAAGCGGAGCGUGAGUUACAGAGUGUGGUUCAAAACGCCAAUGUAGAGGAGCUAAAGGCCGAAGUGGUUGAGCUUCAGAAGGAAAAAUCUGAACUGGACCAUGCACAGAGACAGCUGGACAAAGAGAUGGAGAUGCUCAACACACACACCACUGCACGGACACAGAUGGACAUGUUAAAAAAGGACAAGACUGAGAAGGAGGAGCAGGUUCGUAAGAUCAAGUCUCGUCACAGCGAAGAUCUGGUGUCACUGCUCGGUCACUUUCCUAACAAGAGAGAGCUGGAGGACUGGAUCUAUGCCAAGUCUAAAGAAAUCAACAGUACUAGGGACAGACUUGCCAAAAUCAAUAAGGACCUGGCAUCAAGUGAGCAGAAUAAAAGCCACAUUGCUGCUGAGGUACGGAAAAAGGAACAGCAGCUAGCAAACGACCAAGAAAAGUUCUUUAAUGUGUGUGGCAGUCAGGAUCUGGAGCAGGACCUGACCAAACUGCAAGAGGACCUGGAAAAAGUCUCCAAACAAAGAGCCAUGUUGGCUGGAGCCACAGCAGUGUACACUCAGUUCAUCAGCCAGCUGACGGAGGAGAGAGAGCCCUGCUGCCCUGUGUGUCAGCGGACAUUCCUCUCCGAGUCGGAUCUGCAGGAAGUCAUCAGCGACAUGCAGUCCAAGCUACGCCUGGUGCCAGACAAGCUGAAAAACACAGAGCAGGAUCUGAAGAGGAAGGAGAGGAAGAGAGAUGAGAUGGUGGCUCUCAGACCUGUCAGGCAGUCCAUCAUACAGUUUGAGGAAAAGGAGCUGCCUGAGUUGAGAAACCGCUUGCAGACAGUGAACAGAGAAAUCGAAAGGCUGAAGGGCGAUGUGGAGGAGCAAGAAACUCUGCUUGGUACCCUAAUGUCGGAGGAGGAAACGGCAAAGGCCUGCCUUCAGGACAUCUCACUUAUGGACAGAUAUGUGAUGGACCUAAGAGAGGUUGAGAGGAAAAUAGCUCAGCAUGCAGCCAAACUCCAGGGAGUUGACCUGACAAGAACAAUCCAGCAAGUCAGUCAGGAGAAACAAGAAACUCAGCACAAGCUUGACACCACCUCGAGCAAGAUGGAGCUGAAACGUAAGCUGAUCCAGGACCAGCAGGAUCAGAUUCAGAUGCUUAAAAGUGCCGUGAACGAGACGAGGGCAGAGAAACUUCAGCUGAGCAGCGAUAUGCAGAAACAGCAGCAGCUGGAGGAGCAGUGUGUCGAGUUCACCUCUGAAAUACAAAACUUAACCCGGGACAUCAGGGAAGCGAAGGAACAGUUGUCUCCUUUAUCUGCUGCUCUGGAGAAGCUGCAGCAAGAGAAGCAGGAGCUGAUGGAGCGCAGGAGGCAGAAGCAGGAAGAGGGCCAGGAGAAGAUCAAUGCCAUUAAAGAGCGAGAGAAGGUGAUCAUAACAUUGGAAAAAGAGAUCAACAAAUACAUCAACGAAGGAAAAGAUCAAUACAAAGAGCAAAAAGAGUCUGAGCUUCAAGAAACCAACACGCAGCUCCAUGAAGCUGAGAAGCAUAAAGAAAAGAUCAACAAGGAGAUGGGAAACAUUCGUCAGGACAUAGACACUCAGAAGGUCCAGGAGCGCUGGCUUCAGGACAACCUGACACUGAGGAAGCGAGUUGAGGAGUUGAAGGAGGUUGUUGCAAAACGUGAAGCUCUAAUGAAGGACAUGGGCAACAUGCAAGUCAUGCAGCUGCGCCAAGAACGACGUGAUUCUGAACGCAAGUUGGAGGAUUUGAAGAAGAACCGCAGUGUUGCACUGGGUCGACAAAAAGGCUUUGAGGAGGAGAUACUGCAUUACAAAAAAGAGCUGCGAGAAGAUCAGUAUGACAAAGCAGACGAGCGCUACAAAGACAAGAUGAUCACAUUGAGGACCACAGAGCUGGUCAUCAAAGACCUGGAUCUCUAUUACAAGGCCCUUGAUCAAACCAUCAUGAAAUUUCACAGCAUGAAGAUGGAUGAGAUCAACAAGAUUAUCAGAGACCUGUGGCGCAGCACCUACAGGGGUCAAGAUAUUGAGUAUGUAGAGAUCAGGUCCGAUGUGGACGAGAACGCUUCUGCAGGAGUCAGGCGAAGAGUUUACAACUACAGAGUUGUGAUGGUGAAAGGAGACACAGCUUUGGAUAUGAGAGGACGCUGUAGUGCGGGUCAGAAGGUGCUGGCAUCCCUGAUCAUUAGACUAGCCCUGGCAGAGACUUUCUGUCUAAACUGUGGGAUCCUAGCCCUGGAUGAACCCACCACCAACCUGGACCGGGACAACAUUGAGUCACUCGCACAUGCCCUUGUGGAAAUCAUUAAGAGUCGGUCUCGCCAGCGCAACUUCCAGCUGCUGAUCAUCACCCAUGAUGAGGACUUUGUGGAGCUGUUGGGUCGGUCCAGCUACAUCGAGCACUUCUAUCGCAUCCGAAAGAACCAAGACCAGAACUCUGAGAUCACAAAGUGCAGCAUCAGCUCCCUCUCUUCUUACCUUCACUGAAGCAACAUGACUCUUUGAGCUCUUUUGGAAAUGCACCGUAAACUUGGACCUUCCUGCUUUCACUUCCUGUGUUGAAAAUAUUAAUGAGUCUAGUCUAAAACCAGUAAUACAGGAAAAAACUAUUUUCAAGACACUUCAUCUGUUUGCUGACUGCCACAUUUACAUUACAUUUUCACAUUUUGCACAAUUGAACCAAACCAAGCUGACAAAAACCAACACAGAUUUAUUUCAUGUUAUCUCUAAUACUAGAUUGAAGAAGUUAAAUAUUAAAGCCACAAAAUUGAACUUUGAUUUACUCAAUUUUUCUUUUUCCUAAGAAGAUACUCCAUGGUGUGAUCAUAAAAGCACUAUAAAACCAAUACUAUCAAAAGUAAAACUGCUGUUUGUUUUUUUGUAAAAUGUUAUUUGCAUGAGAAAACAAAUCCAGCACUUUAAAAGGUGUGAACCUUUAAAUAAUUAAGCAGCCUCAGUGAUGUGGAGUGAUUAGUUAUGGUUCUUCUAAUCUUUUCCAAGUGUCCAGUAUCUGUGUAGUGUCAGCACUGACAACAGAAGCAUCUGUUCUGCUAAAAACACAUUUUUCAGUUUGCAGUUAUUUUUCCAUUUUUGCCACUUUGAGUUCAUAAUGUUCAGUCAUUAAACUCUGCUAUCACGUUU